ACGGAGAUUCCUCCCUCCCCCGUCUCUUCCCCGCUACAGCUACUCUCCCCUCGGCUCAGCUCCGAGGAGGAACCCGGUGCCCCCUCGGCUGAUCUGAUCGUUUCCAAUUACGUUACCCCCCAAAGAUGGAGGUCUGCAGAUGGCACCACUAGCGUCUACGAGUCCGUGUUGUGUCUUUAACGACGCUUUUGUCGGGACAGAAGUGAUUUCGUGCCACCCUUUUUGUCGAUUUUUUGUUGGGGAGGAUAUCUACUUUUGGGAGUAUAACUGAGCUCCUCCAAGGGUUCGGGUUGUGUGGCAGCCAUGAGCUCCGGGGAAGGAGCCGAGGAGACGACGAAGGACGCUAGCGACAUAGCGACGUUCUUCAAAACCGAUGGCUCCCUCCCUAAAGAGCCAAAAGGAGACGUAUCGAGUCAGAUCGCAGGUUUCAAGAGAUAUGAGGAGUUGAGAGCAAUGGAGGUGCUGCCCAUCCUCAAAGAAAAAGUUGCCUUUUUGUCAGGUGGCAGAGACAGACGCGGUGGUCCGGUGUUAACGUUUCCAUCACGCAGCAACCACGAUAGAAUACGAACGGACGACCUGCGGAGACUGAUCGCCUACCUAGCCGGCAUCCCCAGCGAGGAGGUGUGUAAACAUGGCUUUACGGUCAUCGUUGAUAUGCGCGGCUCCAAGUGGGACACCAUCAAGCCUCUGCUGAAGAUCCUGCAGGAGUCGUUCCCGUCCUGCAUCCACGUCGCCCUCAUCAUCAAACCGGACAACUUCUGGCAGAAGCAGAGGACCAACUUCGGCAGCUCCAAGUUCGAGUUUGAGGUAGGAUGAGGAAACCCUUCAGAUUCUUAACAAUAACAGAUUAUUAUCAUCUGCUCUCUUAGGUAACUGCCUUUAUAUGAGGCUGCGUACAUGUUCUUUAACUGUUAAAUAGACAGAACCACCUCUUUAAUGAAUAAUAUAAAUUAAAAUGCCGCAGUACGUUAACUUGCACAUCUAUAUCAGGGCUGGGCAAUUUAUCGAGAGUAGAUAUCGUCUUAGAUUUUGGACAUCAUAACAUCAUAAUAUGGCAUAAACGUUGUCUUUUCCUGGUUUCAAUGGCUGCUUUACAGUAAAGCGAUGUCAUUUUCUGAACUUACCAGACUAUAUUUAUUUCGUAUCGGAGUUUAAACCGGAGGAGAAUAAACUGCAGUUAUGAUGUGAGGCUCGUCAAAGCUCACGCAUGACUACGAUACUUUUAUUAUGUAAUUAUCUGCUGCUCCGGUGAGGAUGGACUUGGCAAUAGCACAUUUUUAGCAUGCUGCAGGGACUUUUGGAAGCACCCAGAUAUAGCCAAAUCAAGUGCUACAAUUCUAUAUUUGCCCCCCCAAAAAAAAAAAAUCCUCCCUUAAUAUGCUGUCAGCCUGAGUUGUCAUAACGACCGCUGUAGCCAGCUGAGCUGCUCAUUAUCGGCACAUUUCAUUCUGUUCAUCUCCCCGGUGCUUCGGAUGCGUUCAUCACCAGAGAAGGGAUUUCAUCACAUUCGACCCGAAAAACAGCACACAGCAGCCGAUCACGAGUGUUUGUUAUGCUGCCAACACGGUUUUUUUUUUUUUUUUUCACAGCUAAUUUAACGACGGCUUCACAAGAACAGGCUUAUUUUUAUGCUCUGACCUUUUCAUAGUUGAACCGGCACCAAGAUCUGCGUGUGCUCUUACAAACACUGGUACAGCACCGGACAUGCCGCCGCAUAUGAGCCAGUCAAUGCUCCGUGUUUGAAGUUGUGAAGAUGCCUCCGCCUGAUUUGAAGCCUGUUUUAGUAAAUGCCCUCUAAUGAGGACCAGACAAUUUCUCGCCCUUCUGUUUGAUCCGUCAUUAAAGACGCUCGCUCAGUCUGCUAAUGAUUAGCUUCUCUUUCAAAGCAGUGAGACAUGGGUUGAUAGAAAAUAGACCUGCAUGAGGCAACGGAGGUAGAGCCCUGUUUGUUUGUUUGUACAAUAUGUGCUCGGUGGGUUUCUGUUACGUUGCCUUUAGCCUGUGACUAUGUCAGUUGAGUGGAUGCACUUGUGUGGAAAUAGCUCUUGAUUUUUCACAUGCCCAUACACACAUACACACUCGGGUCCUCUGCUGUCCGAUGACACCAAAUUGAUUGUGCGAGAGGAAUUACAGCCAAAGGGCAGGUUAGUUAUCCUCACGCUGCCCUGCGUUGCCACACAGGCAUUGAUUGGACACACUGCAUUUGUAUUUGUGUGAUCUAUCACAACCGGACCGCAUACUCCACAUUCGUUUUUGAAGAUUUCUAAAGCUUGUACGCAGAGAAAGUUUCCUCCCUGCGUUUUUUUUAAGCCCGUUUUUAAAUGCAGGACUGUUGCUAGGACUACAGUUGCAGUGAAUGUGUGCAAAAUAAAAACUGCUCUGCCGCGUCCAGCAUUCACGCCACCAAUCACCUCCGAACAUCGCUGAGUGUUACUGUAGCAAAGUGUGUGUUGAGGAUUUUCUCCUGGCUGGGUGAAAUGAAACCCGGAGGUCAGACAUUUUCCCCCCUUUUCCUGUUGUUGGAUUGAGACGGGAAGAAAGGACGCAUCAAGCCGAAGCGCAGAGAGACGUCUGCAAGCUCGAUUUCGAUUGUUGAUAAACUGCUCCAUGGGUCUGUGGGAGAAAAAGGGAACCCAAUAGCCCUGACUGAUUCUCCCUCUCACCAUUCAACAGAGUUCAAAUCAAUUAACUUGAACAAUAGGGGACAUAGCCAUAUCAGGAUUUUGCCCUGUCAAGAGCCGCUCUGCGUUUUCACCCAAGGACACAACAGUGUGUCUCUGCAUUGUUUGGCUCACACAAAGCUAUCGAGCUGUCGUUCUGUCUCCAUCCAUCUCUGGCCAUGUGUGUGGGGGUGUUGUGCGGAGGUGGCUUCGCAGAAACACAGAGGCACAGAAAGCAAACGGGGAGACAUUUCCUUACUGUAUCUCUGAAACUGAUCUUGUAACAUGCAAUUGUUGCACUGAGGGGAGAUGGGGGUCACUCUAAAAUGAGGGACGACCAGAGGCGGGAAAAACGAGUGUGCCAAGGUGUUUUGAGUAUCACACUCUGAGUUUUAGAAGUCACAAAAGACAACAUUUCAUGUGUGCAAAAGCCUUUUUGGUCUGCGCUAGAUGCGGAUGCUGUUAAAUACAGCUUUUUGGGAGGCUCAGUUUGAUCAUGUUCCAUGGCAUCGUAAAGCUGCAGUGUGCUGAAUGGCAGCAUGAAGAGGAUAACAAUUGAUUAAGUCAUGCCAUUGAUGUAUUAAGUUAUUCAUUACAUGGCUUUCUCUAAAAAUCACAUCCCUGCAGCUCUGCUGUCAGUAACAAACACGGUGUUGCUAAGUUUUGGGAACUAGGAGCUGGUCAUGCUCUCCAACAUCCUUUCCC